AUGGAUCUCAUGGAGCAGCCUCGUGGGCCAGUCAAGCCAGGGCUAUCACGUGAUGGCGAGGCGAGGAUGUGCCGACUUUGCCACAAGUAUUGCCAGGAAUGCCAAUCAGUUUAUGCAUUCAAGGCCAUCUCAGUGAUGGGCGAAAAGGAAAUUUACAUGGUAUCCACAUUUUCGGACGAGGAUUUGAAAAUGUCAGAACUGCACCCUUUUGGGGUUUAG